UAGUGGUUGCAAGAUGGCGAAAACUAGAAGUAUUAAUGCCCAUUAUGGUGUCUUGUUUGGUGGAGUGAAAUGGAACAGCUCUCCCGUUACCUUCCAUUGGAAAAAGGGAGAGAAUGUUAAGCUAACAGAGUGGAGCACAGUAGCCACUAGAAAUGAGAGCUACGGCUAUGAUAUAGUGUUCACCAGUGAGCCAAUGAUUGCCGGGGAGAUGCUCAAGGUCACUAUGACAAAGAAGGAUAAAUAUUGGCACGGGUAUGAUGGAAUGAAUAUUGGCUUCACUGAAGAGAACCCAGAGGACUUGACUCUGACGAUGACGACACAGUUACAAUAUUUGGACAGGCAAGAGGAGCACAAGCAUUUACUGUGUACUAGGGCCACUUCUCUCCAUUACAAGGACAAGAAACUCUGUGCUCUGGGUUUCGACACUCAUGAUUUUGGAGAGGGUGAUUCCUUAGGAAUGUUGCUGACGCUGGAGAAUGAGGUCCACUGGUUUGUGAAUGAUGUGUGGAGAGGGUCUGUACGUGUGAACCUGUUAACACCUAUGUGGGGGGCCGUGGACGUGUAUGGACGAUGUAAACAAGUCAAGGCAGAGAUUUGCACUGGUAAGCUAGGGUCCAGAUACAACCCUGACUCAGAGAGGAGGCUAAGAGAGAUGGGACUAGUACAGGAUGCAAGACCGAGAAUACAGUCAUCGUUUGCAAGAAUGCGACGAGGGAUUGGAUCAACUAAGUCACGAAAUGAUGUCACUAAAACAGUCUCAACCCCACUUGUGGAAGAUAGUCAACUUCAGCAACAACUAACAAGAGCUAAUGAACAGCUCACACAAUCACGCUCAGACAAUCAAGAGCUCCGACGAGAGGUGGCAGAAAAAGGCGGAGAAAACACUCGACUACAACAACAACUAACAGACAUGUUGAGACGAUAUCAACAGCUCAGAGGACAAGUGGACGUCCUCCAACGAAAAAUGACCUCUCUCUCAGCCACCAAUCGUAGCAGCCACCCUCAGGAGGUGGAGUUCUGGCAGGUGUCUCCAGAGGAGGUGUCUAUUAGAGAGGACAAGAUUCUUGGCCGAGGGGCCUGGGGCUACGUUGCCAAGGGAACCUUUAGAGGAACAACGGUGGCCGUCAAACAGGUAUAUACUGAAAUCCUACGACAGACUACGGUGGAUCGAAUUCGUCGUGAGAUUCGCACCAUGGCUCAGAUCCGCCACCCCAACCUUGUCCUUUUUGUUGCUGCUGUCCUCAACGAACAAACAGGUCCCAUGAUUGUCACCGAGCUCCUGGAUACCUCUCUACGUUCUGCCUACCAGGACAAUCGUGUUGGUCCCAACAAGCGAAGGAUCUUUGGAGACAUCUCCUCAGCUCUGGUUUAUCUCCACCGACAGAGAGAACCCAUCAUCCACAGAGAUGUGAGCUCUGCUAAUGUCCUCCUUCUCUCUCUACCCAACAACAAAUGGCUUGCCAAACUGUCUGACUUUGGAUCAGCCAACCUAGCUCGAGAUGCCACUACUCCUGGAGAAGGUGCUAUCCUGUACACUGCCCCUGAGGCAUUUCCUCAAUCUCCGUACUCCCCACAACCACCACCACAACAGACGACAAAGAUUGAUGUGUACAGUUUUGGAGUGCUUGCUUGUGAAGUGGUGACUCGAACAUAUCCGAAAUCUGAACUGUUUGUUCGUCUGCUAUGGAGUAUAAAAGGUGUAUGGCGGGAGCUCCACCCACUCAUCACCUCCUGUGUCUCUCACUCCCCUCAGGACAGACCCUCCAUGGACACUGUGCUACACCACAUCAAACAAUUGGACUCGGAGCCUUAGGACAUUUAGUGUCAUUUCUAUAUAUAAUCUUAUUAUGUAUAAUAUGAUGUGUCUAUUUUCCAUUGAUAAAGUACUGGACCUCCAAGACUAGCGAUAUAUAGUGACAUGCAUUGAUAAGUAUAAUUAAUUAAACUGAAUUAUU